GUGUUUUCUGACUUCACAUUGCUGGAAGGAUCACGCUCCCUCCGUUGUCCGGGUUGUUUUCUCCUCUACUCAGUCGUUUGAGAAUCAUGCAGCUGCAGAUGAUAAUCAUUUUGGGUCAUUAUGAAUAGCAUUAUAGGGCGCAGUUACUUUGCACAACAAUGUUUAAUUGUUUGCAUACAGCUCGUCAGGAUUAGAGUCUAUGCGGCGCAUUGAUAGAGACACGAGCCAAAGCAGCUGGCAGGAAAAGAUCAGAGAAGAUAAGAGAAGAGAAGAUCAGGUGCAGUGAUGGUGGAGGACGGGAGCGUCAUGAGGGGACGGGUCACAGUGUACUCCGUGCCAGGCUGUGCACACUGCACACAGGCCAAAGCCACUCUGAGUGCGCUCGGUGUGCCUGUGUGUGACGUGGAUGUGAACAAACACAGCGAGUUAAGAGCACGACUGAAAGAGCUCACGGGUCUCAGUGCCGUGCCACAGAUAUUCUUCAAUAACCUGUUUGUGGGAAACAACGAGGACCUCCAGAACCUGGUGAGACCAGAAACGGAUCCUGAGCAUCUGGAGCGUCUCGUUCUGUCAGUACGAGAGGACCCGGUGCCUCUGGACGCUCCUCCUGUUCCUGAGGACCACGGCCUACACUCUGAUGCUGAGGUGGAUGGAGCAGCCUGUGCGCUCUCGGAGGCUCUGAGGAAUCUGAUCCUGAAACUCUACUCUGAUCAUCUCUCUGAAGAUGGCAAGAGAGUUGAUUACAAGGCCAUGUCCCGAAGCCCGUUCUUCGAGCGGUACUGUGAUCUAGCUGUCCACCUCCAGCGCGUGGAUCUGCUGUCUCUGAGUCGUGAAGAGAAACUGGCUUUCUUUAUCAACAUCUACAACGCCCUUGUCAUCCACGGGAACCUGCGUCUGGGCUUUCCCAAAAACAUAUGGCAAAGGUAUCGGUUCUUCAACUAUGUGAGCUACUUCAUUGGCGGUGAGGUGUACACACUGCAGGAUAUUGAGAACGGGGUGCUCCGAGGAAAUCGCAAAGGUGUGGCACAGCUCCUGAAGCCCUUCUCCAGGAACGACCCUCGACUGCAGGUGGCACUUCCUGAUGUUGAGCCUCUCAUUCAUUUUGCACUGAACUGUGGUGCAAAGGGCUGCCCUCCAAUCAAGACAUACACACCACAGGACAUUGACAGUCAGUUGCGAGCCGCAGCAGAAGCGUUCCUGGAGAAUGACGACAGCUGCGUGAUCGACAGCGCGGGACGAGAAGUGAAACUCAGCCAGAUCUUCAAGUGGUACAAAGCAGAUUUUGGAGGCACCGAUGAGAAGCUGCUGAACUGGGUGUUUGACCAUAUGGGAGCGUCACAGAAGAAGAGGUCUCUACAGGCUCUGCUGUCAGAAGGAAAGGUCAAAGUGAGCUAUCUGCCCUAUGACUGGUCUAUAAACAGCACAGACUGAACUGAACCACAUUCUCACACACUUGGUGUCGCUCACGUAUUGUGUGUUCCUGGACGAGCGAUUCAGAACAAAACUGUACCCUGAAACUAUGCAUUUCGAUCCCUUUACCUUGAUCUUCCACCUCCCAAAGGGCAAUGUGAUACUGUAGCCUAAUAUUUCUAAUGAAAUUUUAUACCUAUAAUUUUCCUAAUUGUAUUGCAGUGUUUUGCACUGAUUAUUAUGCAGUUACAUGUUUGAAAUAUUCUCAUGCAAGGAUGUCUUUAAUUUAUCCACAUUAUUAUAUGUAUUGUACUGUAUAUAUGUGGACGUUGUUAUUUGUUUCAAUUAUUUAAUAUAUUUCAGAAACACUAUGAUAAGUGAAAAAAGUACCAUGGAACGUAACAAAACAAAAAUUGCUUGUAAUUUACACUUUUUCAAAAGACCUCAAGGAAAAAUUAUAUUUAAUUUACACACACACACACACAAUAUAUUUCAGAAAUGUGUGUGUGCACCAAUUUAACAAUAGACAAUAAUAAACCGUAAUAUUUACCUAUGUAUAUUUUUACAAAAACAUUUAAAUAUAUGACUUAUUUGCACGGAUACUUUUAUUAUGUAAUCUUAAUUGAUGGCACAAUAUCUAAAUUCGCAGAAAUAUAUAUAUAUAUAUAUACAUUUGAAAAAUACAUUUAUUCACAAUGUUGUUUUAGAGAAUACUUCACCAAGAAAUAAAAAGGUUCUAUUAACUCAUAAUAUAACUUAAUAUUAUUUUCUUUUCUUCUAUUAAACAAAAAAGUGAAUGGCAAUUUAAUUUGUAUUCCCCCACAAAGGAAAAAAUGCAUCAUAAAAAUAUACAGUAUGACUUUUUAAGUCAUAUUCCAAGUUUUAAAAGAGAUAUAUGAUAGCUUUUUAUGAAGAUCAGAUGCAAUAUAUUCACUGAUAUUUUUAAUUUGCUGUACAUUGAGUGUUGUCCACUGUUUCACUGUUUUAUAUCCAGACGUGCUUCUGUUAAAAAGAUCUGUAGGGAAAUGCGUAGGACAUGGAACAUUUUGAGACUUGGUUUGUGCAUCUUUCCUGCUGUCUGUUGUCUGUUGUCUCUCACUCUGUCUGGAUGAUGGAUGUCUUCAGCAGAGAAGCGAGCAGAACACAUAUCAGUUCACCAGAAUGACACCAGCCAGUAGCAUCCAAUACUUUUUGUAAUACAUGAUGUUAUUCCAUCAAUUAUUGAAAAGGCGUCAGGGCUGAAAGAAUCUCAUAACUGGUUUCUCAUAAACACAGCCUGUUUUGUAAGAUGCAGCUCAGUGCCUGAUUUGAUCAAGGGUUAAAAAGUAUUCCCAUAAUAUUUUUUAUAGAAAAUGAGAUCCAGACUGAAACUUUCUGAAAAGUGAUUCCUCAUCUUGCUUCAGGCAGAGAAAAUCCUCCAGAAAAUCCUUUUUUUUUAUCUUUCUUUCAUUCUUUCUUUUUUUUUCUGUGAGCAACAUGGAUCUGAAAGAUGCUGUUUUAAUAGAUGUUGAUUUUCCUCCAGGCAUGCAAUUGAAUAGUAAUGCAUGUGAUACUAUAGAAUAGUAUUGCAAGGGCUGAUGCUGUGGGAUCAGAUGCAUGAGUAAAAUGAGGUUCAGUGCCUCCUGUUUCAGACAGUGCCUUUUCAGCUCUGCAUGAGACUCUUAGAGUCAUGUUCCUCCACUCGAGCACACAUCCCAUUACUUCAGGAAAUCAGUUCAUUUGAAACUUUCAUCUGCAAGCGGAGAGAUUUCUGAAUCAUAGCUCACCCAUGAGAAGGUCCCAGAGUUACCUCAGUCUUUUCUCUUUCACUGUAAGGAAGGACAUCAAUGCAAUGCAAUCACCUUCAACUAAAUGUGAAGACUGGACUGAUUCUGAUGCAUGGAGAUUAAUUAUAUGAUCUAGAGCAAUACUGUACUGUCUUUUAUAAAUAAAGCAACAAUGAUAAAAUGUA